AUUUUAUAUAAAAUGAAUACAAAGUCAUUUGAAGUUUUGAUACAUUCACAAUAUGCCUUCCAUAGAUGCAGAAGUGAAGUGCACAAGUACGAAGAUUGUAGACAGACGACCUCCCCAAUUCCCAAGGAUCCACGUCUCUGUAGAAACACAGCGAGAGAAUUGGUUGGAUGCUAUAAGGAGGCGUAAUUAAUAUGAGGUUAUGAUCAUUAGAGAACGUAUGCAUCCAUUGUGUUUGGCUCCGUUCAAUGAUGUCAGAGAAUGUGUAUUUAAGGCUGAUGGCAAUAUCUUCAAUUGCAAGAAAGAAUCACAAUAAUUCGUUGAUUGCCAAAUGAAUUAGGAAAAAUAUCAGGAUUUCUUGGCUGUAACAUCAUAUAAUACAAAUAGCUUUCAACAGACAAAUAAAAAGAAGCUUUAUAAUUUGAUUUCUUCAACUACAGAGGCCAUUUCGACAAGUAUAGUUGAAGUAUUAGUGAUUUAUAAAUAUAAAAAGACAUAAUAAUAUUAAA